GUAGGUGUCCGAGGUAGAUUGCAGGUGCAAUGAAGUGGUACAUAGCGACAACUCUAGGUCUUCUAGUCGCCUAUGCAGUUCAGUCUCUAGUGCGGAAAUUAGUCAUAAUGGGCGUGUUCGAAACAGUUUACAACCAAGUUCCAGGCCCCUGUCGUGUGAUAAAAGUGAACGGGUCUGAAGACAUUGCACUGCUGCAAACUGGUCAAGCCUUCAUAUCAAGCGGUUUGCAUGAUGCUGGACGGGGAAGUGUUGUACACUACAUUCCUCCAAGAGAUGGCAACAUACUGCUGUUUGAUUUCAAUAAACCUGAAAGCAAUUUGAAAGUGAUCCAUUUGGUUUCAUCGUCCAUGUUUGAUCCCUCACAAUUCAACCCUCACGGCCUCUCUCAUUGGCAAGAUCCUAAAAGUGGAAAAUUGUGGCUUUUUGUUGUAAAUCAUCCGGUGGAUGGCGAUGCCAUUGAAGUGUUUGAAUACAUGCCGUCUGAGUAUGCAUUGAAGCAUGUCAGACAAGUCAAACAUCCUCUCAUAUCUACGCCUAAUGAUUUGUUGGCAAUCAGUGAAAAUUCUUUCUACUUUACUAAUGACCAUUAUUUCCAUCACCAUUUACUGAAGACAUUGGAGGGAUAUUGGCAGUUACCAAUUUCUUCAGUUGGGUUUCAUAAUGGUGAGACUAAUGAGACUCAGCUAGUGGCCUGGUCACUGAUGUUUCCUAAUGGAAUCAAUAUGUCACCCAAUGGAAGAUUUGUCUACAUCACUACAUCAACUGGCAUACAGCUUCUCAUUUACAAACGCAACAAAGCCGACAACUCACUGACACAAGUUCAAGUCAUACAAAUGGCAGACAGCUGUGACAACCUAUUCAUCCACCCAAUUACUGGUGACCUAUGGUCUGGAUGUCAUGCACGAAUCAUUGAUGUUAUUCAACAUCUCUAUCACAACAUAAGUCAUCCAUCUGGUUCUCUAGUACUCCGAAUACGACUUGGUCAAGAAAAUCUCAGUGGUCAGGGAGAACCAUUUCCAGACUACGAAAUUGAUCAAAUUUAUAGCAAUGACGGGGGACAGUUGAAAGGGUCAAGUAUAGCAGUUUAUCAUGGACGUAAUAUGCUGGUCGGCACAGUAGUAGACAAUCUUCUUUACUGUGAAGUCAGAUCAUUGGAUGAGGAAUAA